CAUCAGCUGACUUUACUCUGAUGUCUCCGUACAAAACAAACGUUACAGACCUCCCAGCUCCGCGUAUGUCCAACUCCGACACGCAGACCGGAGAGCAGCUUUUAACGGGCGCACCGUGAAGACAUGGAGCCUUCUCUGCGUCUGUAGGAGCGAACACUUUUUAUUCCCUUCACACUUUUCUCACUCCGACACUCCUCGGUUCGUGUGUGCUGGAUGUGUGCGGAGUUCAGCGGGGAUCCCAGCGCACAUUCCCCUGUGGUUUGGAAAUGGCAACUGCUCUCAGUGGCCGAAACCCUGGCGGACGUGGACCAAACCGAAGCAAGGGUCGGAUCUUAGGCCUCAUCGAUGACAUCCGGGAUGCAGUGGGGCCACCGAAACAGGCGGCAGCCGACCGGCGGACUGUGGAGAAGACCUGGAAGCUGAUGGAUAAAGUUGUCCGCCUCUGCCAAAAUCCCAGACUCCAGCUGAAGAACAGUCCGCCCUACAUCCUGGAUAUCUUACCGGACGCCUACCAGCACCUGCGGCUUAUACUGGGCAAAUACGAGGAGAACCAGAGACUCACACAGCUCAGCGAGAACGAGUACUUUAAAAUCUACAUCGACAGCCUGAUGAAGAAGUCCAAACGGGCCAUCCGGCUCUUCAAAGAGGGGAAGGAGAGGAUGUACGAGGAGCAGUCACAGGACAGGAGGAACCUGACCAAGCUGUCUCUGAUCUUCAGCCACAUGCUGGCCGAAAUCAAAGCCAUCUUCCCCGGAGGACAGUUCCAGGGCGACACGUUCAGGAUCACCAAAGCCGACGCCGCCGACUUCUGGAGGAAAUUCUUUGGAGAAAAGACGAUAGUGCCGUGGAAAAUCUUCCGACAGUGCCUUCACGAAGUGCAUCUCAUCAGCUCGGGCCUGGAGGCCAUGGCCCUCAAAUCCACCAUCGACCUCACAUGCAACGACUUCAUUUCUGUGUUUGAGUUCGACAUUUUCACACGCCUCUUCCAGCCGUGGGGAUCGAUUCUGAGGAACUGGAAUUUCCUGGCAGUGACACACCCCGGAUACAUGGCCUUCCUCACCUACGACGAAGUCAAAGCUCGACUGCACAAGUACAUCAAUAAGCCUGGCAGUUACAUCUUCAGACUCAGCUGUACACGGCUGGGCCAGUGGGCCAUCGGCUACGUGACCAAUGAUGGCAACAUCCUGCAGACCAUCCCCCACAACAAACCUCUGUUCCAGGCGCUCAUCGACGGCUACAGGGAGGGCUUUUAUUUGUUCCCCGACGGCCGCAGCUACAACCCUGACCUCACCGGUUUAUGUGAGCCGACGCCUCAUGAUCACAUCAAAGUGACACAAGAGCAGUAUGAGCUGUACUGUGAAAUGGGCUCCACCUUCCAGCUCUGUAAGAUCUGCGCCGAGAACGACAAAGACGUGAAGAUCGAACCCUGCGGUCACCUCAUGUGCACUUCCUGUCUCACGGCCUGGCAGGAAUCGGACGGUCAGGGUUGUCCGUUCUGUCGCUGUGAGAUCAAAGGCACCGAGCCCAUCAUCGUGGAUCCCUUUGACCCGCGAAAUGAGGGCAACAAGUGCUUCUUCCUGGACCAGCACAGCUGCCCCAUGUUAGAGCUGGAUGAUGACGAGGACAGAGAGGACUGCCUGGUCAUGAACGGGCUGGCAAACAUCAGGAAGCACUGUGCUGAGCGCCAGAACUCGCCCAUGGUGUCUCCGAGCUCGUCACCCGUCAGCCAGCACAGAAAAGCCCACGGAGGAGACUCGGGCCACUGCGUCCAGCACCUCGGCCUUCCCCCCGUCCCACCACGACUCGACCUCAUCCAGAAAGGCGCCAUCCGCUCCCCGUCGGCCAGUCCCACCGUCUCCCCCAAGUCUUCUCCAGGCAUGUCCAGGAAGCAGGACAAGCCUCUCCCAGCCCCACCGCCCCCGCAGAGGGACCCACCUCCACCGCCUCCCCCUGAGCGUCCUCCACCUAUCCCCCCAGAGUCACGCCACUCCUGGCUCCCCAGUUCCUCCUCGUUGUCCUCGUCCAUCUCAUCUUCUACUGGCACGCUGUCGGACUCCCAGAUGAAUCACGAGACACGGUGUCCCAAAGACGGCCACCUCGCAGAUACCCACAGGACUGUAUCCGAUCACCCGCUCCAGCUGGGCCUCGGCGGCGGACCCUCGCACCUCAACGGAAGACCGCUCAGUUGUCCGUCGGCGGGAUUUGUGAGGUUACAUCACAGAAUGGAUGGAGCGGGAAACUCAGAGAGCUCCAAGCCUUUCUCCAACGGCCUGCAAAUCAGCGAUGACUAUGACAUCCUUCCCUCUCGGCACUCGCCGACGCAGUCUACACUUGCCAGUAGCCACAAACCCUCCAACCCUUUCAGCGUCACUGCGCUCGAACGACAGCGAGGAGCGAUGGACAGGCUGGAGGACGACUAUCAGAUCCCGUCAUCCAACCUCUGCCUGAGUCAGGCGCCCGUCUGCAUCUCUGUACCCAGCAGACACUUGGAGAACGGCUCUCCAGAGCCCUCCAUCGAGGAGAAGAAGCCCCGGCCCCCCGAGCCUGGUUUACACUCAGAGUCGGCCCGAGGGUCGGCUCAUACUUCGCUCUGCCCCUUCAGCAUCAACAAGACACCCUCCGACUAUGACAUUCUGCUGCCCCCCCAAGCAUUAGAAGACCUCUUCAACAGCCGCCCUCCAUCACAGCUGCCUCCUCCUCCACCUCCUCCUCCGCCGGCGCGACACAGCUUCACCGACCUCUCCUCCUCGUCUUCGUCGUCCUCGUCCUGCAACGCCUCCAUGUCCUCCUCCUCCUCCUCUGUCAUCGCACGACCCCACAGGCCCUCCUCUGGACAGGAGCACUUGCUUUUAACCCCCGACGCAGUGUUUGACAUGCUGAACAGUGCCGCUCCUCUGCCUCCAGUCAGACGACACGCAGACAAUGUUAAAGGCUCCCGAGGCUGCCUGGAGUACGACCACUUACCAGCCAAUCAAGUAUCGAUGGACGGUUUGCAGGCCCCUGCCAGGCCGCCCAAGCCACUGCCCAGGAAGAUCCCUCCGGAUAGUCAGUCGGGCAAAUCCCACAGCCUGGAGUCGGAGAACGUGGACGCCAAGAUCGCCAAGUUGAUGGGGGAGGGUUACUCUUUUGAGGACGUGAAGCGGGCGCUGAUGAUCGCCCAGUACAAAGUGGACGUGGCCCGAAACAUUCUGCGAGAGUUUGCCUUAGUGGCCCCGAGACUGAACCUCUAAUCUAAGAGGCAGCGCAAGGGGAGCACAACAAAGAAGCUGUGCCUCUGAACGGACUGACUCAAAAAGGGCUUCUUCAGUCUGCUUGGCGUCGGACUGUCGGAACAACGACGAUAUUAUUUAAAGGGAGACUCGCCUUUUGUUGCAGAACAUGACAUGACAACGCACAACAAAGUGGCUGACACCAAAUCCGAAUUUCAAAAAAAAAGGGAGAACAGACCGUCUGUGAAUGAUUUUAAACCUGUGAAACUAAAAGAAAGAACCAGGCUUGUUGUUGUUUACAGUGAGCUUUGCCGGUGCUGGCGUCUGGUGUUCAAACGCUCCUGCUCGGGGGGGCUCGGACCGGACGCCGUUUUAAAGCCCUGAUCCUGAUCCUGCUACUGCUGCUACUGUUCCUUUCAGAAGACAUUUCAGCUUCAACGCUCAGUCAGAUGUUAGAGGUAGUUUUUAUUUACAACCAGUGGGGGGAGCCAGACUCCACUGUUCCUCUCCUCUAACUCCAUUUCCUCUGGUUCAGCCCCUUCUUUCCUUCCUUCCUUCCUUCCUUCCUUCCUUCCUUCCUUCAUGUGUUGCCCAUUAGAGAAUACUCCACUGUUUGCCCACAGUCUGGCUGACUUGCAGGUCUUAACAAGGUCUGGUGAGUUGGGAGUGGUUAGAUGAAGCCAGAGGAUGCCUUAUUGAUUCACUCGUUUCCCCCAGACCUGAGAAAACUAUGACGGCUCCAGAGGAGCACUCUUGUUAGACUUGGUAUCUUAUUUGGAGAAGAAGAGUGAAGCAGGAAGCGAGCGUGGGAGGGUUAGUUUCGCUCUUUGUUUCUGUUCCUAGACCAGAGGAUUAAUCAGCUGGGGGACUUUUUUUUUUAAUUAUUGUCUUCAUCUGUGGACAGCAAGCCUAUGAAUGUAUUUGUUCUGCAUGAGUGAGCGACACCUUUGUACACUUCGAGCUCCUCUCAGGCUCCCAUUUAUUCCCUCAAGUGAUUAAGCAAGCAGUGGAAAAUGUUUGUGGAAACGUUCUUUCAUUUUUAAUUUCAAAAAGCCAGAGACGACCCCGUGCCUGUAUUCCAGCUCAAGCAUUUAAAACGUCAGGAGUGAACCUGUUGUGUAGAUCAGCAAGCCAGACGCCGUGUGUUCGAGCUCAGAGGCUCCUGCAGCCGUCACACUGCAGCCUCCGUCAUCAUCACAUGGUGGAUGUCCACGCUCCCUUCAUGUCUGAGGAAUGCUUUCCAUAGCUCUGCAGUGAUUCUGCAGCGAGACGAACAGAUGAGACCUUCACUGUGCAGUGCAGGUGAAGGUAAAGCCCCUCCUCCUCUUCUUACCUCACAAUCUGGAAUCAGCUGUAUUCUCCCUCAUGACUGCAACAUGCCUCACCUAUGCACCGACAGUAUAUUUUCAGACGUAUCAGUAUUGUUUUUAUUUUUUACAACGGUAUGCAAGAUGUGGACAGAUCUGUGUCAGACCUGUGCUAGAAGACGGGUUAUGUUUACAUAAUACAUGAUUCUCAACCAACAGGAUAAUUGAUCGUUACCAUUGGUUAUGAUAACACUGUACUCUCUAUAAAGACGCAUGUCUGCAUAUACUUCUGUAGGAAAGGAAACUUUGGCAUCAGUGUUCUCGAGGUGUUCGAUCAUGUUUGAGCGACCAUGUGUGCAAAGAGGCGGAUCACACCUGAAGCUUUGUGUUAACUUCUUUAGAGUCAAUGUUCAUAUGCAGAUGUCUGUUUAUAGAGGUGAGCAGAGAUGUGUCAGAGGAAGUCUUGGCCCGGUGGCCGUGCAUGGCCCCCAGAGGAUGAAUCGUUGCCCGAUCAUACCGCUGCGUUCUGAAGAUUGUGAACUCACCAAAGUAAAUAUAGAGAUCUGGAAGUGGGAAGACGUCAGUCCUUUGGAUUAUUCUUAAAACUUCUAUGGAAAUAAAACCCAGACUGUAAAACAAUUAAAUUAUUGUUUUACAGUCUGGCAAUAAAAUUAAAAGGUCCGUUAGUGAUAUUUGCUUCCAGAGAAGUCAUGAAAGCAAAUCUUUGUCAGAAUCAGGAUUUCCUGUCUGGGGAACGUCGGGCUAACAGAAGCAGACAGCCGACUCGCCGGAGUGUCGCUCGAUCAGCAGAGUGGAUCUGACAGAACAAUGUGAUGUGUCCAUAUGAUGGUUCGAACUGUCCUGGAACUUUUUUUGCAUUAACAGCAAACUGAUGGAGGCGACUUGAGCAUCUUUAUGCUUUCAGGAGGUCAGAGAGUUUCCCUCCGAGGUGAAACUCCUCAAUGCUGAAUAAACACGCACCAUUUUCACCUUCACGCUCCCGUUUUUCCCGCCAUUACUCGGCUAUGAAAAAUCAAUUUGCGAUGAUGUAUUGUAGUUUUCCUUUCCCCCUGUGAUUGAGGCUCCUCACAGCAGAUAAGUCAGAGUCUCUGCGGUCAAAGAUUGAACAGCGUCGGCUACAAAGAGGGAAUGAAAAGGUUCGGUUGGAACAUCCUGAUAAUACGGCAGGAGGAUACGAUGAUCCCCGUCCUAAUAAUCCAGCUCACUGACUUUUUUAUUUUUAUUCAAAUGUAUUCAUAAUGUGAGAGAAAGCACUUUCACGCCCUCGACUGGAGGAAUAAACCAGGCGUCUUAAAGGGCCGGUGUGUUCGAUUUAGUGGCACGUUGCUGAUUGCAACCUCUUCGCCUCACCUGCUCCUUCCGAGAAGUGAAGGUGGCUCAUCCAGUAUUUAGUUUGUCCCAUCCUGAGGUCAUGUUCUGUCAAUAAAGAGCCCUGAAUCCAACACACUGCACCUUUAACAGCUCUCAUGAACUUUUAUAGUGACGAGGUUUAACAAAAAAAACAAACAAAAAAGGUUGCUGUGGCGACCGCAGGACUGAAAUGAUGACGCCCGUCAGUGAACGUGCUUUCAAAGUUUUAUUUUAUUUAUUAUUAAUUCAUCUGGUCGGUGUAACAGAUAACAGACAUGGAAUGACCCCACCAUCCACCACCAACCACCCUACCCACGUCUCCACCUCCACCCCUUCCUUUUUUUUUGAGCAGCACUUUAAAGGGGAACACCACUGUCAUUUAAAAUGUACAUAUGUUAUAAUUGGUGCCCAGAGAUGGCGACGAUGAGCGAUCCCGUGCGCGUCUCUAACCACACACACACAUAAAAACAUGCAAGUGAAGGCAAAAUACA